AUGAUCACUCGGAACUAUGCGUCGCUCCUUGUCCUGGUCCUUUGCUUGCUCUUGGACUACAGUUCUCAGUCGGGGUCCCAAAGCAGGACUAAAACCAGGGCGGAGUCACUUGGGGGUGGGGUGAAGAGGGCGGGGCAGAGGGGGCGAGACCUGGUCGUAGGAGGAGCGACAUCGGCGGCGGCGGGGAAGGUGCAGGGGCCAUCGAGGCUGAGGAGACACGGGCGAGAGAGGGCGCAGAGGAUUAAGAGAGGAUGGGUGUGGAACCAGUUCUUUGUGUUGGAGGAGUACAUGGGAUCGGAGCCGCAGUACGUCGGGAAGCUGCAUUCGGACAUGGACCACGGGGAGAAUGCAGUGAAGUACACACUUUCAGGAGAGGGGGCGGGGUCUGUCUUCACCAUCGACCAAUUGACCGGAGACAUCCACGCUCUGGUGGGGCUGGACAGGGAGGAGCGCUCCUUCUACACUCUGAAGGCCCAGGCCGUGGACAUCCACACCGGCGUACCCUUGGAGCCCGAAUCAGAGUUCAUCAUCAAAGUCCAAGACAUCAACGACAAUGAACCGCGUUUUACAGAGGGGCCCUACACUGCCAGUGUCCCCGAGAUGUCCCCUACAGGCACAUACGUAACCCAGGUAACGGCCACAGACGCAGACGACCCCACGUACGGCAGCAGCGCUCGUAUCGUCUACAGCAUCUUGCAGGGUCAGCCCUACUUCUCUGUGGACCCCAAGACCGGAGUGAUCCGGACUGCCCUGGCUAACAUGGACCGUGAGGUGAAGGCGGAGUACCAGGUUCUGCUGCAGGCCAAAGACAUGGGGGGUCAGCUCGGGGGGCUGGCCUCCACGACCACGGUCAACAUCACCCUGAGCGACGUCAAUGACAACCCGCCGCGAUUCGCCAAGAGUAUCUUCCACUUGCGCGUCCCGGAGAGCGCCCCCUCUGGCUCAUCCGUGGGCCAUAUCCGUGCUCAUGAUGCAGAUAUGGGGGACAACGCGGUGGUGGAGUAUGCCAUCGUUCCGGGAGACGAGGGGGACAUGUUUGACAUCAGCUCCACGGGACAGGACGGAGUGGUGCUGCUCAAGAAGACUCUUGACUACGAGUCCAAGAAGUCGUACAUGUUCAAAGUGGAUGCGACCAACGCUCACUUGGACCCUCGCUUCCUGCACGUGGGCCCGUUCCAGGACUCGGCCACGGUAAAGGUGACGGUGCUGGACGUGGACGAGCCGCCCGUCUUCACCAAACCGCACUACUACAUGGACACGUUCGAGGACACGCCCCCCGGUACCGUCAUCGGGUCUGUGACCGCGUACGACCUGGACGCGAGCAGCAGUGCCGUCAGGUACUCUCUGGAGUGGAAGACGGAGUCCGACAGCUGCUUCGACAUCGAUAACGUGGAAGGAACCAUCUCCACCAACGAGCUCCUGGACCGAGAGAGCACUGCCCAGCACAACCUGACUGUGAGGGCCACCAAAGUCAGCAGCCCGUUGCUCUUCUCCAAAGUGUCUGUGCUGGUGGAGGUGCUGGACGUGAAUGAGUUUCCUCCAGAGCUUUUUGUCCCCACAGAGUCCUACGUGUGUGAGGACGCCCGGGCAGGACAGGUGAUCCAGAUUGUGAGCGCAGUGGACCAGGACCAGCCUUCAGCGGGACAGCGUUUUUUCUUCAAGUCCCCCAAAGAACUGCGCAAUCGCAACUUCACCGUCCGGGACUUCGGCAAUAACACCGCCGGGAUUGUGACGCGGCGCUCCGGGUUCCUCAGGCACAUACAGGAGGAGUACCUGCUCCCCCUGGUGGUGGAGGACAGCGGGUACCCGGCCCAGAGCAGCACCUCCACCCUCACCAUCCGCGUGUGCUCGUGCGGGCCGGGGGGGGCACUGCUCACCUGCUCCGCCCAGGCUGUGGUGCUCCCCGUGGGGCUGAGCACGGGGGCGCUCAUGGCCAUCCUGCUCUGUGUGGCUCUGCUCAUGGUGAUGUCCGGCCUGUACAUGGGUCAGCGGCGACACAAACAGAAGGAGGCGCUCAUGACGUCUAAAGAGGACAUCCGCGACAACGUCAUCCACUACGAUGACGAGGGCGGGGGCGAGCAGGACACACACGCCUACGACAUGGGCACGUUACGCACCAGCCAAUCACAGCGCACCAGCGUCCAGAGCUCCGCCUCCACCUCCCAGAAGGAUCGCCCCUCUACCGGGGACAAUGCGGAAAUAAUCAGGAGUUUUAUUGAGCAGAGACUGGGGGAGGGGCAACACGCGGCACUGGCGUACGAUUCUUUGGCAACGUACGCGUAUGAGGGGGAGGGGUCAGAGGCGGGGUCGCUGAGUUCCAUUGAAGAAUCAUGGGUAAUGGAGGACAUGGGUGAUUUUAGCUCACUAGGAGACUGGGGACAACCGUUCAAGACGCUAGCUAGCAUUUUGGACACACAGCCGGCCGCCAAGAUGGACAGCUGA